AUGACUUUGCGACUUUGCUGGGCCUGGAUUUUUAUCCUUCUCCUCCCUGGUCUCUCAGAUGGAGGGAAACUCCUGGUGGUACCCAUGGAUGGAAGCCACUGGCUCAGCAUGAAGCAAAUGGUUGAAAAACUUGUCGAGAAAGGACACGAAGUGGUGGUGGUGAUGCCAGAAGUCAGCUGGAGGAUGGGAGCAGCAAAGGAGUACACGGUGAAAACAUUCCCAGUGUCCUACACAUUAGAAGAGCUGGAUCAUUCCUUCAAUGUAAUCUAUGAGAGUCACCUGAACCAGGGCCCUUUCCCACUGAACAUUCUACAGCUGCUGGAGAGUACAAAAGAGAUGUUCCGUUUAUUUGCAACUCAGUGCAAAGACCUGUUCAACAACAGGGAGAUCAUGCAGUACUUGAAUCAAAGCAGCUUCGAUGCUGUCCUGACAGACCCCAUCAUUCUGUGUGGAGCAACCCUGGCCAAUUAUUUGUCUCUUCCUGCUGUGUUCUACGUGAGAGGACUUGCUUGCAACCUACAUUAUGAAAUACCCCAGUGCCCAAGCCCUCUGUCCUACGUACCAAGGUUCUUCACCCUCAACUCAGACCAAAUGACAUUUUUCCAGAGAGUGGAAAAUGCCCUGGUUGCCUUCCUGGAACUUGAGUAUUGUCAUCAUUUCUCUGAAGAUGCACGCAAGUUAUCCUCUGAAGUUCUUCAGAGGGAUGUGUCCUUGCAAGACCUCCUGAGCUCUGCCUCCAUUUGGCUUCUGAGGCUUGACUUUGUGUUCGAGUAUGUCCGGCCAGUGAUGCCCAACAUGGUCUUUGUGGGAGGCAUGAACUGUGCUAAGAGGAAACCCCUCUCUCAGUGCAAGGACCUGUUCAACAACAAGGAGAUCCUGCAGUACCUGAAUCAAAGCAGCUUCGAUGCUGUCCUGACAGACCCCAUCAUUCUGUGUGGAGCAACACUGGCCAAUUAUUUGUCUCUUCCUGCUGUGUUCUUCAUGAGAGGAUUCCCUUGCAACCUACACUAUAAAGCACCUCAGUGCCCAAGCCCUCUGUCCUACAUCCCGAGGCUCUUCACCUUCAACUCAGACCAAAUGACUUUUUUCCAGAGAGUGGAAAAUGCACUGGUUGACUUCCUGGAGCUUGGGUACUGUAAUCCUUUCUAUGAAGAGGGCAUCAAGUUCUCCUCUGAAGUUCUUCAGAGGGAUGUGUCCUUGCAAGACCUCCUGAAUCCUGCCUCCAUUUGGCUUCUGAGGUUUGACUUUGUGUUUGAGUAUGUCCGACCAGUGAUGCCCAACAUGGUCUUUAUUGGUGGAAUAAACUGUGCUCAGAAGAAACCCCUGCCUAAGAUUUCUUUUGGACUCUUUGACAGGCUCAUGCAGAGCCCAGAGAGCUUCAUAAAGAACAAAGGCAAAUACAGGAUAAUAUGA